GUCGGCUUCCAUAGCUGGUGCGUAAGCGUUUGACGUCAGUACAACAACAACCUGUUAUGACUGCUCGGGUGAGGGAAUAUAACGUUAAUUGGUCAAGACUUAAUUUCUGCCAAUAAACCACGAUUUCUCAUCCUUUAUAUGUGAAUAUCUCUUUACAAAGCCAGAUAUCUUGGAGAGACGAGGCAUUCAUAACCCAGUCUGAUAGCAAGCCGAAGAGACGGGGAACAGGAUAGGGAAACAGGGCGAAACGGGCCCCGCGGAGCCGGUGGAGAAGAUGGCCGGCAGCCCGGAAAAGACUUCAACCGCACAAGAAUUGAAAGAGCAGGGGAACCGACUGUUCCUCUGUCGCAAGUACCAGGAGGCUGCAACAUGCUACGGCAAAGCUAUAAAUCGUAAUCCCUCCGUGGCAGUGUACUACACUAACAGAGCACUUUGCCAUGUGAAACUGCAGCAAUAUGACAAAGCUCUGGCUGACUGUAAACAUGCUCUGGAGCUGGACAGUCAGUCAGUCAAGGCACACUUUUUCCUGGGCCAAUGUCACUUGGAGCUUGAAAACUAUGAUGAGGCCAUUGGAAACCUGCAAAAGGCUUACAACUUGGCUAAAGAACAGAGGCUGAAUUUUGGAGAUGACAUUCCAAGUGCUUUGCGCAUUGCCAAAAAGAAACGCUGGAACAACAUUGAGGAGAAGAGAAUUAAUCAGGAAAAUGAGCUGCAUGCUUAUCUGACUAAACUCAUUUUAGCUGAUAAGGAAAGAGAAAUGGAUGAAUUCAAGAAGAACCAGGAUGAUAAUCAAAAUGGAGGUGAUGCGACAAAAAUUGCCACAAAGCAUGACAAAUACCUAAUGGACAUGGAUGAACUCUUCUCUCAAGUGGAUGAGAAGAGAAAAAAACGUGAGAUCCCAGAUUACCUCUGUGGUAAAAUCAGUUUUGAGUUGAUGAGAGAGCCCUGCAUCACACCCAGUGGAAUCACUUACGAUCGCAAGGACAUCGAGGAGCAUUUACAGCGAGUGGGUCAUUUUGACCCUGUCACCAGGAGUCCACUGACCCAGGACCAACUCAUCCCUAACCUGGCCAUGAAGGAGGUGAUAGAUGCCUUUAUCCAGGAGAAUGGCUGGGUGGAGGACUACUGAUCCUCAAACCUUCAACAGGAGCCUGGACUAUAGACAACUGAUCUCUCUAUGACUGGAUAUUACAUUUACGCAAUCGAGAGAAGCCACACUUUGGAUUAUCAUAUAGACGCUGUACGUUUUCUCUCCACAUCUGACCUUUGCUGUUACCAGCUGGUUUGCUGUUCCCUUCUGAACUGUUCAACGUCCCUCUCAGCCCUGUCUUAUACAUUGACUUGCAUAAGGGCCCUCUGACUCUUCUUGUUUCUUAGUGCCACAAUUCCUACGAAGACUUUGCACUGCAGUGUUUCACAGAUGCCCACAGUAUGCACAGCACACACAAUGGAAACAGACCCAAUGAAGACCAUUCUACUCAACUACAACUUGUAUUUAUCAUAAAUAUUUGUCCAUUUACUGCACACUCACAAAGCUCAUACAAUCAACCAGUUCCCUUCUCUGCCUCAAGAUGGGGCCAAUUGUUUCCACAAACUAAAAAUAACAGUUCAUCUCACACCAUGUAUCAGAGUUAACAAACUGAAUGUAUACAAUGUUUUAGAUUUAAUCUAAAGUUAUCAAAAAUUUUGUAUAAAACAGGGCCUUAAGAAGCCUUGACAAAGACUCCAUACAAAAAAGCUGGAUAGUCACUGAAUGAGGAUACCGGCAGGAAAUGCCAGGUUUACAAUCUCUUGAAAAGCUGCUUGUGUGUUGAUGAAAGUGAAAAGAUUUGAUGUCUCUAAAUAUUGCCUUUUGUGUGACAGUAAAACUCAGUGGAGAAUUUGACAAAAAGAUGGUUAUUCCCACCUGUUUGUAUUGGCCUUUGUUUUGUUACUUCAGAAAAUAAUGUGGUAAAAUAAUGCUGGAGGGAGCAUUUGUUCUCCGUACCUCAGCCCAGGUUCUGUGUGCUGUUCUGCUUUUCUUGUAAUGAACUGGCUGAUCUUAGUGUUGGUUCACUGUAAGAUGGAGGCAGUGUGUAUAAUUUGCUUGUGUAUUGUGAAAUUUUAAUUCUUGACAAAAUAGGGUUCCUUUUCUCUAGAGUUUGAGAAACUGUAUUAAAUGUAGAUAUGUCAAUAACUA